CGUGCAGGAAGCCGUAAUUCACUCCACCUGCACACCUUCACUCCUCCGACCUCAGCAUUGCGGUGAAUCUCUGCCGACUUCAAUCCCCUCACUUCCCAGCCCUUCGUCGCGUGGCAAAGUCCAAUCAGUCGCCCUUGCACACCCGUCCACUGUCGCCCCCGUUAGCUUUGUUUACAUUUGCCUCCCUGAUCACCUGACUUGGCGUUCCGACUCCCCCAUCCUCCAACGCGGUCACUCUCUUCACGCGUACUGCCUCUCGACGGAUGGACUGAACAUUGGUCGCACAUUGUUUGCCCGGCUGCUUGGCCUGUGAAUCGGAUCCGAGAGAGAGCGAAACCCCAACUCCUCGAGAUCUCGGAACGCUUCUGCACUCUGUGAGGACUUGCGAGUCGUUUCCUUGAGGUCAAUAAUGGGCGUCUCAGGCCUUCUCCCGCUUCUCAAGUCCAUCCACAGGCCAACCGAGCUGAAGAAGUUUGCCGGCGAGACGCUCGGCGUUGACGCCUACGGAUGGCUUCAUCGCGGUGCCAUUGCCUGUGCCGUUGACUUGGCCAAAGGCAACCCCACCCGCAAAUAUGUCGACUUCGCCAUGCACCGGGUGAGAAUGCUCAAGCAUUUUGGUGUCACACCUUACCUGGUCUUUGACGGCGACUUCCUUCCCAGCAAAGCUGCCACCGAAGGAUCUCGCGCCAAACGCCGCGAGGAUAGCAAGAAGUCGGCCAUGGAGCUCCUCAGGGCCGGCAAGUCGUCGCAAGCAGCCCUCGAGUUUCAGAAGGCCAUCGACGUCACACCAGAGAUGGCUCGCAAUCUCAUUGACGAGUUGAAGAAGAUGGACCUCCCAUACGUCGUUGCACCGUACGAAGCUGACGCUCAGCUCGUCUACCUCGAACGACAAGGCCUCAUUGCCGGCAUUCUCUCGGAGGACUCCGAUCUCUUGGUCUUCGGAUGCAAGCGCCUUUUGACCAAGCUUGAUCAGUACGGAAACUGCAUCGAGAUCAACCGGAGGGACUUUUGUGCGGUUCGGGAAGUUUCCCUGACGGGAUGGACCGACACCGACUUCCGCCGCAUGGCCAUAUUCAGCGGCUGCGACUACCUUGAGGGCAUCAACAACAUGGGCCUCAAGACGGCGUACCGGAUGAUGCGCAAGUACAAAACGCCUGAACGUUUGGUCCGGAUGAUCCAAUUCGAGGGGAAGCAUCGCGUUUCGGAGAACUACAUGUCGAGGUUUGCCCAGGCGGAGCUUACCUUCCUCCACCAGAGAGUCUACUGUCCGAAGAAGAAGCAGUUGGUCUGCUUGACGGAACCUGAAGAGGGCAAAGGUGUCGAGGACAUGCCGUUCAUUGGCGGUUAUGUCGAGCCUGACUUGGCCACUGCCAUUGCAGUUGGAGACGUCAACCCCAUCACUAAGGAGACCAUUAUCCCUGCACCUAUGCCUGGCUCAAAGACGGAUGCCAAAAGGAGACACUCCCAGUCCGCAGAGGCUAUUGCGGCUGCCUCUUCAGCCUCAACUCGCACGAGAGCCCCAAUAAAGCCGAUCGACUCGUACUUCAAGGGUCAUCAGCGCAUCCCGAUGGGCGAAAUGGAUCGCAACUGCUUCUCAGUCGACCCGGAAAGAGUUGCUGCCCUCACCCACAACGGCCUUGUCCCUCGCGUCUUCCCUUUGCCCAGACCUUAUCUCGAGAGCACGUCAUCAUCACAACCGGCAGCCAGCUCCCGCCCAACACGAACCGCCCGCUCUACUACUUCUCCUCGCCUAACACGACGACGGACUGAACCCAUCCAGAAUCUCCUGGAACAGAAUCUCCUGGAACAGAAUGCCCUUGGAAGCUCUGGCGAGUCUCGCCGAGUCACGAUUGGCGACGCAGCAAAUACCCUAGACGAUAUCGAUACCCUAAUGAGAAGCAGCUCCCAACGACCGCCCAAGAAGGUUCGUCUCUGCGCGGACACCGAUACUAUUGAAACCAAGCCUGAGGAAUCCCAAAAGAGCAAGUUCUUCCCCCGAAGCGGAAGCGACACCAACAAGAGCAAAAAGGACAGCUUCUUGUUCUCAGAUGACUCUGUUGACGAGGCACUACUUAAUCUGCCAGACAUUGACGGAUGGCAUGCCCCGAAGCCGAAGUCGAUCGCGGUCUUUGAAGAGAGCCAGAGCACAGAUACGGGCACGGAGGCGACUGCAGGCACGGACAGCCAAUUCAGCAAAGACGAGGAAAUAGCAACAACGCCGCACACUGAUCUAUCCGAGACCGAGGACACCGAGCCAAAGAAGCCUGCCUCCUCGUUGCCCGAGAAGACGUCCAGACGCACGUCUUUGCAGCGAUUCGCUUUCAACUCUCAGCCAAGUCCUGCCUCUUCCAGUGAGCCUGAUACGCCGUCCACCACCGUCUCCCAGCACUCAUCUAUCUUCACGCCUUCAAGCGGCGCCCCCUCCACUGCACCGUCGUCGAUCACAUGCUCCGCUGGCUCGUUCGCAGCUGGCACUUCUUCUAAGGCCACCCCGCUCCUCACCCCGCUCCAGCGCAUGGGAUGCCGUGCCCUUCAACGCAAGAACGCGUCUACUCGCCGGCCCCUGUCCCCUACUAAGGGAUCGAUCCAGCGGAGUCCGAAGCGCAGUCCCCGGAAAAGCCGGCUCCUCAAGUCGAUGCCCGUCAACCCCUCAUUCGUACCCCUGCCCAAGGUCAAUCUGGCCGAGGUUGAGGCGCUGAACGCACCAUGCGGAAGCGAAGAUCAGAUCAUCCCCGAUAGCGACGGCGAGAAUGAAGAUGAUGUCUUCUCAGGGGGGCUCGGCGCCAUGGACGAAGACUCGCGACCAAAAGCUUUGAACCUAUCCCGGUUCGUGUAUAACUGAAUGAUUAUCAACAACUACAAUGUUCGAUGCGAUACCCAUACACAUUGCGUCAUUAUUCUGUUCUAUUCAUUGCGGAAGCAGGCGUUUCAGCAGUUAGGCACCA